UCCGUGGCACUAGAUGGCGCUUUGUAAAAGAGAUUUAAUAACACACUGCAUCUUGCGUUUGCGCGAGUAAGGAAGUCGCGGUAUCAACAUCUGCUAAAUUGAGUUCACAAUUUCCCCAAAACCCUCCCGCGUCUAAAAGUGGUGUCUCAGGAUGUCGGGGCAGAAGCGUCCUGCAGACUCCAGCGGCCCUUCCUCAUCCUCUGGUGUGCACCCAGAGAAGCGGAGGGAGCGAGAUGGAGAGGACGCAGGUCCCGGUGUCAGUGCUGCAGCUGCGGGUGGCAGCACAGCGGUGGAGACUGUCAUCAAACUAGGAGGGGUUUCUAACUCGGAAGAACAAGAUAUCAAAGCUCUUCAGGCUAAGAACCGUAAACUGGGAGAAUCUUUGGACCAAAGACAGGGGAUUGAAGAUGAAUUGCGAGAGCGGAUCGAGAGACUUGAGACCCGCCAGGCCACGGAUGACGCAAGUCUGCUUAUUCUCAAUAGAUACUGGAAUCAGCUUGAUGAAAAUAUUAAGCUGUUCAUUAGACUAUAUGACCAGUCGCCAAAUGGACCAGAAAAGUCUCCAACAGGAGAGGGAAGGAACCUGAAGCCAGAAACACCUGAACCAGAUGGGGACUCAAAUCAGGAGAGGGCCAAGGACAGAGGCCACCAGGGCGAGACAUCCAGCUCUUUCCUGGCCACCUUGGCAAGCAGCACAAGUGAGGAGAUGGAAGCCGAGCUCCAGGAAAGGGUCCAGUCCAGCCAAAUGCAGGCCACUCGUGUUGUGGAGAUCUACAAGUGUCUAAAGAGCACAGUGGACCAACUGAAGGCAGACAUGGACUCUAGACUUGCUGGGAGUUUGUGUCACGUAGCUUCCAAGUUAAACACUUUGCUGAGCAGUGAAAAUGAGCGUCUUCAACAGCUGUCUGAGGACCUCAAGCAGAAACACAGUCAUAUGACCAGUGAGUCUCGAUCUCUCGGUCGUGCAGCAAACAAGGCAGACCAGCGUGUCAGCGAGUUGCAGGUUCUAAGUGAAGAACUUCAGUGGGAUAUGGAGAAGAUACGGCGAAGAGAAAAUCGCCUCAAUGCACACAUGAGUGAGAUACUAGAGAGGGUGAACAGCAAAGGCUAUAAAGUGUGCGGGGAGGCCAGUAGUGUAUGUGGAACUAUCACAAUCAACAAGAGAAAGUUUGAGGAAAUGAACAGUGAACUGGAAGAGAACCAAGAGCUUGCAGAUAAUCGUCUCAUUGAGCUCCAGAAGCUCCAGCAGGACCUGCAGAAUGUGCUGCAGGAGAACAACAACAUGAAGACUGAGCUGCUUAGUCGAGCAGAGGGCAUGGUGAAGGAUACCUCUGAGUAUCGCUGCCUGCAAUCGCAGUUUUCUGUGCUCUACAAUGAGUCUUUGAUCCUCAAGGCUCAGUUAGACGAGACGCGUGCCCGUCUCAACACAACCAGGACGGCACGCCUACGACAGCUGGAGCACAUGGAGAACGACGAGGUGACACUGCAGAGGAAGGUUCGCACUGAAGUAUUUCAGUUGGAAGAUACCCUUGCUCAAGUCAGGAAGGAGUACGAGAUGUUGCGCAUUGAAUUUGAACAAACUCUUGCAGCCAACGAGCAGGCAGGUCCUAUAAACAGAGAGAUGCGCCAUCUGAUCAGCACCCUACAAACCCAUAACCAGCAGAUGAAAGGAGAGGUUGUGAAAUACAAACUGAGACUGAGAGAGACACAAGCUGAGCUCAACCAGGUUCGAUGUGAAAAGAUUCGCAUUUCAAAAGGGAGCGCCGUCUUGCAAAGCACAGAGAUAGACGUGAAGGAGGAGCUGACGUCUCCUACAACAGCAGCUGUCUCAGGGGAGUUAGCGGUCAAGUCAGAAACUCCAGACAAUGACUAUUCUAUGCCGAACAGCACAGGCCUUUCUGUGAAAACCGAGCCAGGAGUCGAAACUGAGGUAACAGUUAAGGAGGAGGAAAAAGAGGAGAAGAAAGAAAAAGAAGAAAAGAAAGACAUUGUUAAGAAAGAGGAGAAAGACCGGGAGAGGGAAAGAGAGAGAGAGAGGCCAACUCGCAGUGGUACUGCCAGCAGCGGGAUGAAGGAAGAGAGGGAGAAACUGGGAAGUGGCAACCUAACUGAGGAGUCAUCCGGGGAGCGUCUUUCUUCAGCUGGCGGGCCAAAGAGGAAAGAGAUGGAGCAGCUCAAGAUUGUCAGAGUGGAACUCAAGAAAGCUCAGGAGUCCCAGCGAGAGAUGAAGCUUCUCUUAGACAUGUAUCGCUCAGCGCCAAAAGAGCAGAGGGACAAAGUUCAGCUCAUGGCAGCAGAGAAGAAGGCCAAGUCAGAGUCGGAAGAGCUACGGCAGAGGCUGAGGGAGCUCGAGGAGCGAGAGAGAAGGGAGGGCAAAAAAAUGGCCGAUGAGGAGGCCCUUCGAAAGAUUCGAUCUGUGGAAGAGCAGAUCGACAUCCUCAACAAAAAGUUAUCUAUAGCAAAACAGGAGGAGGACGCAUUGCUGAGCGAGAUGGACGUGACAGGUCAGGCCUUCGAGGACAUGCAGGAACAGAACAUUCGCCUGAUGCAGCAGCUGCGGGAAAAGGACGACGCGAACUUUAAGCUGAUGAGCGAGCGCAUCAAGUCCAACCAGAUCCACAAGUUAUUGAAAGAGGAGAAGGAAGAGCUCUCGGAUCAACUCCUCACUUUAAAAACACAGGUGGAUGCCCAGCUGCAGGUAGUGAGGAAGCUUGAGGAGAAGGAACGCCUCCUUCAGGGCACCAUCAGUACUGCUGAAAGAGAGUUGACACUGAGGACACAAGCGCUGGACAUGAACAAACGCAAGGCUCAAGAGUCAACAUUGUUGUCAGAGGAGGUGCGAACUCAGCUGGAGCAGGUUCAGCAGAGGCUUGUCGUGGUCCGAGAGGAGGUUGUCGAAAAUAGCAUCUCCAGAGAGAAGGAGUCGUUUAAUUCCCGACGAGCACAGGAGGACAUCUCUAAACUGAGGAGAAAAAUUGAGAAAGCCAAGAAACCAGCUGAGAAAAUAAGCAAUGGAGACGAAAUACUAAAUGAAGAAAUUAGUGAGUAUAAGGCUCGGCUAACGUGUCCCUGUUGCAACUCGCGAGUGAAGGACGCCGUCCUGACAAAGUGCUUCCACGUCUUCUGCUUCGAGUGCGUCAAGACACGCUACGACACACGCCAGAGGAAAUGCCCCAAGUGCAAUGCCGCGUUUGGAGCCAACGACUUCCAUCGCAUUUACAUCGGCUAAAGCCCUCGCUGGAGUGUUGGAGCCAAUCCCAGCUAUCUACGAGGACGAGAUGAACUGGUUGCCAGCCAAUCGCAGAGCACAUGGAGACAUACAACAGUUACACACACAAUCACACCUGGAGGCAAUUUAGAGUCUCCAAUGAAUGCUUGUUUUUGGGAUGUGGGAGGAAACCGGAGUGGCCCGAGAAAAUCCACGCAGGCACGGGGAGAACAUGAGAACUACACACAGGUGGGGCUGGGAUUUUGAACCCAGGUCCCCAGAACAGUGUGGCAGACACUCUUAUCCAGUUGAAAUGCUUUCCAUCAUAGAAAAUAUUUGUAUCAGUACUGCGGUUAAGACUACAAGUAUUCAUGCAAACUUAUCGUAGCACUGGCGUUUGGCAACUUAUAAAAACCUCUUAGAAAUGUACCUCGUCUUAAAGUUUGAGUAGCAAUUACUUUAGUAGAGAAGAACACUUAUUUUCUGGUGACUUUAUUUAAGAAAUC